GGACUUUUGAAAUAGUCGUUCGUUUCCAAUAUGCUAGUUACCUGUAUAUCAGAAGAUAAGAAUAGUGUGAAUAUACAGUUCGAUCAGGAUAAAGCUAUUGAAGAAAUUUGUGUUGCUUGCAACAAUGUUCAAGCUACUGUCCGAUUCCUUACAUAUGAAGAAGUAUCACAUGGACUCACAGAAACGCUGGACUUCGUUUACAAUUCCGACGUUCUAAUUGUUGAUAUGAGUGACAAGGUUCGGGGAAUGAAUACGUAAUUUCAUUCUUUAUACAUAGACACAACAAGGACAUUUGAAUUAUCAAUUAGGAGUUAGAGAAAGUUUAAAACUGUUCGAUAAUAUAGUAAUCGUCAACCUUUCGAGUCAUAUUUUGCUUGAUGACCUACGCAGUAUUUUAAGUAGCAAAACGAAACUUCUUCCAUAUGUUAUUAACGAAAAUGGAUUUGCUGUCUUAGUGGAAGACAAGUUCCUACAGAAUGCCCUCAUUGAUAAUGACAUACUCAAAAAUCAAAUAUGCGGUGAUCUUGGGCGUUUGUCUGAAGAGCUAGAGGAAAUACUUUCAGAAAUGUGCAGUGGUGACCGGGCUCCACUAAAAGAUAAAUUCAUUGAGGAUCUUCGAAGGGAUCGUGAUUUGUACAAAGGGCAAGAACUCAGAGAGCGUCUUCGAGUAAUGCGCCGUAGAUUGGAUUAUCCAGGGAUGCUUUCAUCGGAUGUUAUUCUUAAUCUGUUACUAUCAUACAGACAGUGCGAGGAUUUCGAUGCUAUGGUUACUUUAAUAGAAGAGAUAAGGGCUUUAAAAUUAAAUCAAGAUAUUUUGAAUGUGUGCAUGAUCCAGUAUCUAUAUGCUUUUGCUUUGCAUAGACGGAAUAAAAAUGGUGAUCGAGAUGCUGCAUUAGCUGUAACUGAAGAAAUCUUGAAAACAUGUGGAAAACCUUCUGCCGAUAUGUAUGGUCUGUUUGGUCGUAUUCAAAAAGAUCGUUUUAUGGAUUCUCAUGGUGAAGAUAAAGAAGCUCUAGAUUUAGCUAUUCAAGGCUACCGAGAAGGCCUGAAGAUUGAUGCAAAUGAAUAUCUAUUAGUGAAUGUUGCCACACUUUUAGUAAUUAAAGGAAUGGAUCUGGAAACAAGUGCAGAGAUGCGUAAAAUUUGUAAUACACUGAAUUUGCGUGUUGGCCAAAAAGGAAAUAUCUCCACAAUCAAUGAUUAUUGGGAUGUUGCCACAUUAUUUGAGGUACGCGUAAUAAGUGAAGACUAUGCUGGCGCUGUUCAAGCUGUGGAACGAAUGUAUCUUUUAGAUCCACCUGACUGGGAAUUGGAAUCUACAUUGGGUAACAUAAAAAUGAUUUGCAAAUUUCGUAAACCACCAGAAGAGAACAAAAUUGCGAAACCACAAAAAUUAUUUGACUUUUGGAUGGAGUUUCUAUCUACUGUGUGUGAUACUGAUGAGAGCGAUUCAUUUUUAAUUGCAUCGGAUGAAACAGAAUACGACCCAUUCAUUAGACCAUAUGAAAGUUAUACUAAACGAAUAGUAUAUCCAGUCUUAGUAACUGAACAAAAUUGUACCGUUAUGAAACCAGCUAAUAUUCAAGUGAAUAUAAAUGCUGUUCCAAGAAAUCUCCGCGUUAUCUUCUACGAUCUAGACUAUACAAUAUCUACAACCGUGCAAUCAGUCGAUUUACAAAAUUGUGGAACUAUGCGUCAACAUUUUCCAAGUUUCAAUGAACAUAGUCAAGAAGAAGAUUUAAUAUUUAAUGCCGAAGAUAUUAUCGGUAUAAGCAUGACAGAAAAUAAUAGUCGCAGUGUUUAUUUAUACACUACCUGUUCUUUACCAAACUACCGCAUAUCAUUUUCCUGUGAAAAAGUUAAAAUACAGUUUUAUACGGUCUUACGUGAUUGUCUUUUUUCAGAAGAGGAAAAUUCUGGUUUAUUACUAGACGAACAUUCUUCUGAACCAUUAAAAUGGACAUAUGAUUUAAAUGAUCGUAAUGAACGUGAAAUUCUAGGUAGAGGGAGUUUUGGCGUGGUUUAUACAGGCUGGGACCUCACAAAGCAAAUUAAAAUGGCUAUCAAAGAAAUUGAUGCAGUGAAUAUAAGGGAAUUUCAACCGCUACAUGAUGAAAUUCGAUUACAUUCAAGACUUCAUCAUAAAAACAUUGUACAGUACUUUGGAUCUGUGGAUCAUGAAGGAGUGUUUAUGAUAUUUAUGGAACUGGUUCCUGGCGCGUCAUUAACAUCACUUGUCUCAAAAUAUGGUGCUUUGAAAGAGGAAACAGUAGCAAAUUAUUCAAAACAAAUAUUGGAAGGCCUACAGUAUUUGCAUGCAAAUCGAAUUAUUCAUCGAGAUAUUAAAGGAGAUAAUAUUCUCGUUAAUAUGUAUAAAGGUGAACUGAAAAUAACAGAUUUUGGAGCAUCAAAAAGACUAGCAGGUUUGAUUCCACGAGCUCAAACAUUUAAAGGUACUAUGCGCUACAUGGCACCAGAACUUAUCAGGGGUUGUUGUGGAUUUCCGGCUGAUAUAUGGAGUUUUGGAUGUACUGUUGUAGAAAUGUUGACAGGAAAACAGCCGUUCAGUGAGCUUGGGAAUGCAAUGACUGCCCUAUAUCGAGUUGGUAUGGAUUUGCAACACCCCAAGAUCCCUGAUGGAGUUUCAAUAGCUUGCAAAAACUUCAUACUGAAAACAUUUAUCAUAGAACCAUCCAAUCGUGCUAGCGCUAAUGAACUGUUAUCAGAUCAAUUUAUUCUAAGUUUUACAAAAUUAAGACGACGUAAACCAGUGGGACUAACACACUCUUCAGAUAGGUUCCGGCCGUCAAAUAAAUUCUAUCAACCUAACUGUAAAUCAUCUGAAGCAGUUCUAAGAUCUUUGUCAAAUAUAUCAAAUCAGUCAACUUCUCCAGUGAUUAUAUCUGGUUCGGGCUCAUGGGGAAGUAAAAGUAAUCGUUUACUCAAUGUAAUUCACAACAGUAAUUCAAUUUUGUCAGAAAGUGAAAAAUCCGACAAUGAUGCCUCUUCUGUAUUUUCAAAUGAAUCCUUCCAUCAGUUUAACUUAAAAAACCAAAUUAUAGAUCAAGCAGAGAAUAGAAAUACUGAUGAAGAGAAACAUUCCACAGAAUCAGUAAAUCAUAUUUCAAUUUUACCUGUCAAAGUAGAAAAACUGAAAAUACCUGGUGUAUAUAUAACAAAGGAUGAAAAACGUAAAACUCCUGUAAACAGUGCUAGUUCUGGGAAUUCAGAAGAUCCAUUCAAUUUUAUUAAACAGGACUCUGAAGCAAAACGACGUUUGUCAAAUGCAUUAAUCUCCGAGAAACAGUCAAUUGUUGAUGCAUGGAUAGACAUAGUUUGUCGGUGUACACAAUCAAAUGUUUCAAACAAAAUCAAAGAUGAACUUAUAUCGGAUUUAGGUAAACGAGUAAACAACUCUGAAACUAAUCGAGAAUCGAACAAUGGAGUUGAGAAAAAACUAUUAGAGUGUCUUUUAGAUAUGAUAACUGAUAGUUUACACGGUGGAAUUUGUUGGUCUCAACUUGUUAACUACCUUAAAAUUCCAGCAAAUAAAUGUACAACCGAAGGAUUGACUGACUCCAUCAACGGCAUAUCGGGCGAUACGAAUAAAUUCGCAGUGUUGUCAAGUUUGAAACGUUAUUCAGUGGCUGGCGAAGAUUUAGGAGGACGAUUUUUAAAAUUGCUACAUUCUUCAAAGAUAUCUGAACAGAAUAAUGCAUGUCUUCCAGUGGGAACGCCACUAGUUUGCAAUUAUUUGCGAUUAGCUUUGGCAGCACUUCCAAGUGUUAUUGCUGCACCUUUGCUCCGUCAAGUGAAUCGUCCACAUGAAGUAUUAGCAUGGGAAAAAUUGAUCAAAGAUGCUAUCACUUCAGCAACCAAUCAAAUUAGCAAUUUAGCCCCAAUAAGUACAGUUCACUUACGUCGUCAUCAAACAUACUCAGCACAGCACAAUCGUAGACUAGUUAAACAAGUCACCACGGAAGCUGAUCUUGACUCGCCAACAUAUAUUCGUCAGUCGACUCCUUCGAAUAGACCAUUUACCAUGGUCUCUAUGUCACCCAGCCUCUAUUAUACACCAAAUGAUUCGACUGUGGAUGAAACAAAGAAGGUUACAAACAGUUUAUCUUUAUCACAGAAAUCAUUAACCUUUUCAAACGAAGCAAUUCCUGAAGAACCAAUGGAAAUUAUCCAGUGCGCACGGAAAUUCGCAGGUGUUCAAUCAAGUGCUCCUUUGUGUCAUGUUAAAUCAAGGACUAGCAAAACAUUAGAUGAAUUGGUAAAUCACGAGAAUUCUGCUAAUGGUCUAGUAGACAAUUCAAUGUACAAUAUCCUCGGACAUAAAUAUUUGAAAACUGGAUUCAGUACACUGGACGAUUGGUUUAAAGACCUGCGGAUACCCGAUGAAGACCGUGCCAAAGUUAGUAACUUAUUGAUACUUAUCCUAGUCCAAUUCACAUUUUCCCCCAAAGAUAUUAAUUUCAUUUUUUUAUGGUAGCAAGGACUUUUGAUGAGUGUCCCCCAAUUUUUAAUAUAGAAAUGUUUUAUUCGUCAGCAAAAAAAACAAACACUCAUGGGGUGACUGACUAUAACCACGUCUGCAUCCCAGUUUAACUUUAUCUGAGAAAUGACAGAAAUGUCUGGUAUUUUCAACCAAUCAUUUUUUCGAUUGAAAAAGUUCUUAUAGAUGAACCUGACAAAUGAUCUUCAGGAAAUGUAGGGAUUUGCGGAGCGUUUAAUACACGUAAGCACAAAAACCUAGUUUAAGAAUAUAAAGCGAAGUUAUUGAGUCCGUUUAUGAAUUGUAUGAUCACGAUGAAGUGAUUAGUCACGAUCUUUUGUCACGUACAUGAAAAGGUAGCUUGUUAUUUAUCAACAGACUAACAACGGUAAAUAGAACCCAAAACUACAAACGGAUAUGAUGUCCAAAGAUCAGACUGGGAAGUCAGAUCUUAAGUGACUGGAAAAUAAGUGACCUACAAGUUAGUUUCUUCCAACCAUUUAAUAGUUUAUUAUAUUUUUUAUACAAACACAUCAUUUUAUUACUUGGAAAAUCUAUUCAAUUGACUGGUGGUAGUCUUUUUUUGUAUUUCUAAUCGUUCAAAAACUUAAUAAAUAAUACGGUUUCGUGAGUCCCCACCAAUCAGCCACAUUAUAUCAUAUCCUAUCCAUCGAUCGAUUGGCGUCCUAUUCAUUGAUUUUGAUAAUUGAAAAUCUCGCCCCAUCAAAUCACUAAAAACAUUCUCCAUAACACAAACGUACAACUUUAAUAAAACCUCCGACUUGACCUCCCUCCGUAAAACAAUCAUUGGAAGUAUGUCAAGUAUCCAAAGUACUUAACCACUAAUAGGUAUGAAUUCUAAUCAUAAAACAGUGGCGUUAAAAAUUUUAAAGACAAAGAAGAUUGGCAUUUUCAGCCAAUAAAAAGUAAUUGCAAAUUCCAGAUGAAGUAGAGGCAAAAGCAUCCUAUAACUUCACUGUAAUUCUAACAAAAAAUGUGUUUCCAGUAAAUAACGAAAUCACUAACAUUUAUUGUGACAUAAGUGAAAUAAUUAAAUCUUUUUUAGCUUCGUCGAAAUCACAUUGUUGAUGAAGAAGACUUUUUAGAUGCUAUAACGAAAGAAGACUUAUGGAAAAUGAAUUUAAGUGGUGGGACAGUUCUUCGCCUUUGGAGAAACAUACAGAAAAUCCGUUCAAUGGAAUAAUGUCUUCAUGAAAAAUUUCAUUAACUCUGGUUACAAUUCUUCUACAGAGCCCAUAUUUUUACAAAGAAAUUUUAUCUCACACCUUGAUACCAAAACCUGAAAUGUGCCUUUAUUUUAUAGUAGUAUUUUAAAACCCAUAAUGCUCAAAUAUCAAAAAAACGUUACACCGGAUGCAGCUUAAAAUACUGUUUUGAUUUCUAAUAAAUGUCUCGUCAUUGGUAAACAAUGAAAACAUAAUAGAAAGUCUCCCAUCAAAGAUGUUUAAUUUAAGCAGUAAACAU